AUGUGGGCUCUGGAAAUUAAGCUUUAUGACGAUGCACUUGGACGAGAAGUGGACUACUUCGAUUUGUGUCCCAAGACGCCGAUGAUUUUCUUCAAUCAUUACUGGAACGGCGUUCCGGAAUCUCCACGCUGGCCAAAGAAUAAACCACUCUACUUAAUGCCGAACAUUGAGAUGUUUGAGCUCACAUCUACGCACUGUUGGAAAGUCGACGUCGUACUGUGCAAGACCCACGUAUGUUACGACAGAGUGACGCGCUGGUACAGCGAAAACGGCAGUCCACGCAACGUCAAAGUAUUUUACACGAAGCACACGUCAUCCGACCAGGCAGAAUUUGCACGACAGCGUCUAGGCAACACUUCUAUUGCUCCGAAAGACUUCUCCGGUGUGAAAUUUAUCCACACGGCUGGUUCCAGUGGCUGGAAAGGUACGCGACAGCUUGUCGACUGCUGGGUUCUGUCACCGGGGAUGCCUCCAUUGGACGUCUUUAUCGAUGACAGCUCAUACAACCGUCUAUUUCCACGGACAUACCAACUAUCGUUAAACCGUGCUCGCAGUCCUGUCCACAUCAAGCACGGUAUGUUGGAGCCUCAAGACUUUAACAAGUUGAUAGCCGAAUCGGCCUUCUUUAUGUGUCCAAGUCGAAUUGAGGGCUACGGUCACUACCUUAACCAAGCGCGGGCAUCGGGGGGAGUGGUGGUAACCACGGACACUCCCCCAAUGAACGAACUGAUCCUAUCGAGUGAAAUGGGAGUUUUGAUUUCAACAGAAUCUGAGCGUCACCCGAAGAUGCUUCUUGGAGGUAAAUACGAAGGUGAACGAGGACUGAACGACACUGAGGGGUUGUUGGCUACAUUUAACUCUAGCGGGUUAUGUAAUGCUAUCCAGCACUUCGUAUCAUCGACAACCACCAAGCAACGCGCAGCCAUGGGCGCUCGAGCGAGACAACAGUAUCACGAAGACACGAAAUUCUUUGCACAAUCGAUGCAUAAAUUACGCCUGUUCACCCGAAACUAA